UGUAUAAAUUAUUAUUGAAAUAAAAUUAACGAAAUGUUCAAUAACAGUUGCUGCUCUAUAUGCUUAUCAGAAAAUAAAAGAACUAUCAACAUUUACGGUACAGAUCUGCAAAAUGUUUAUGAGAAACUAGCUGAAUUUAAGGCAAAUGCAGAGUUAUGUUUUCUUUGCUACAUAUGUCGUGUGAGACUACAACAACUUGCCCACCUUCAGAACGUCGUAACAAGCGGUGACCAGAUACCAAAAACCUUAGUCCAUCUUACGACACAGAAUAUUGAAAAUGAAACUGUACAGGACCAUGUUGUGUUAGUUAAACAGGAGCCUCUGGAAUUUGAGGAUGUCCAAGACACACACAUGGAACAUGAUGAUGUGCCCAUAAAAUUUGAAAUGGAGAUUACUGAGUAUACUCGUGAGAUUGAAAUAACAGAAAACAUUAUUGACUAUGAAGUAAAAGAAGAAAAAACCAUUAAUCUAUAUGAAAAUGCAAAAGAUGAAACCGUGCAAGGUUCACAGGUUGUGGAUAGUAUUUAUACUCAGCAAGAUCAAUAUGUGCGCCAAAGUCCAACAACACACCCGGUCGUAGAAGAUCCUAAGGACUGGUGGGGUCAGCCAAGAGGUAAAGGUAUCAAACAUGAGGACGAGCGACCCAACACAGAUGACUGCGAGGGGCGAGGCCACGCCAGCGCAGCGCAGUCCAGCAAGACACCCCACACCUGUGAUGUUUGUUUGAAGAACUUUUCAACAAGAAGACAUUUACUGAGGCACAUGAAAACUCAUACACGCUCAUCUAACUCAUUUAGCUGUGACACAUGUUCAAAAAUUUUUUCAAGUAAACGAGUUUUGACUGAACACAUAAACUGUGUUCAUACUGGCAAGAAGCCAUUUAGUUGUGACAUUUGUUUUAAAAGGUUUUCAAGAAGAAACACUUUGACUGAACACACAAAAGUUCAUACAGGCGAUAAACCUUUUAGUUGUGACAUAUGUUCAAAUAAAUUUUCAAGGAAAAACGAAUUGACUGUACACAAAAGAAUUCAUACAGGCGAGAAACCAUUUAGUUGUGACAAAUGUUCAAAGAAGUUUUCAAAGAAAUACAAAUUGACUGAACACACUAGAGUUCAUACAGGCGAGAGACCUUUUAGGUGUGACAUAUGUUCAAAGACAUUUUCACAGAAAAGCAAUUUGACUGCACAUACUAGAGUUCAUACAAACGAAAAACAAUUUAGUUGUGACAUAUGUGCAAAGAAAUUUUCACACAAAAGCAAUUUGACUGCACAUACUAAAGUUCAUACAGGCGAGAAACAAUUUAGUUGUGACAAUUGUUCAAAGAUAUUUACGUCAAAGAAAACGCUAGUCCAACACUUAGGAAACCAUUUGAGCUAGAAACUAUACGGGUAUUGUCUGCGCAGCGAAUCGUGGCUAAGAUUGAUAUUA